AGCUGUGUCUAGCUGUUGCUUCCCUUAAGAUUUAAGUCUAAACAAUGCCGUAAAGAGCUGCCGAUAACAGAAGAAAUUUAGAAUUAUGAGGCGAGAAGUACUAAGAUGGUGGAUGAAUAUAAUGAGAGGGCAACUUUUCCACUCUCAUUAUACAUCCAAAGCUGGGAUUUCCAGCAAGCACUGGCAUCAAGCUGUUUGUACACAAAACAGAGUGAUGCUGAAGCAUUAUGGUAGAAGUUUUGCUUUCAGAAAAAUGUUACAUUCUAGAGGUAUAACAACUACAUGUUCAAAGUGUGUAAAAGAUGAAACAUAUGCUCACAAUGAAAGUGAACAAGGCGCUGACAGGGUGAAAAUAGGAAACAAAAAGACCUAUGGAAGGGCAUGGCUUGGAUUGCUGUUUGGAAUUGCUUCUUUUAUUCUGGUGACCAAUCCGAUGUUGCCCUUGAAGACUACAGUCCAUGCCUCUACGGGAGAAGUAGAAAAACAGGAUUCUGCAGAGGUAGUUGAAGCAAAGGAGGAGGAAGACGAAGAGGGGGGUGAACAGACCGAAAAGAAGAAGAAGAAGAAAAUUGGUUUCAGGGACCGAAGGAUUAUAGAAUAUGAAAACCGCAUUCGAGCUUACUCUACGCCAGAUAAAAUAUUUCGCUACUUUGCAACAUUGAAAGUUCACCAGGAACAAGGUGACUGGGAGGUGUACAUGACUCCAGAGGACUUUGUACGUUCCAUCACUCCAGGAAUGAAACAACCAGAGGGUUUGGGGUUAGACCAGUUCAUGAAGUUUGAUCCCCAGAAGGACGAUGUGCACAGCUUGCACAACAAAGCAGAAUGGAAGAUGGGAGAGGAUAGCAUCUUCUAUCAGCUUGGGGAGAGUGGCCUCAUUUCCUUCUCUGACUACAUAUUCCUUCUUACUGUCUUGUCAACACCGCCCAGGAAUUUUCAAAUUGCUUUCCGCAUGUUUGAUCUAGAUGGAGAUGGCAAUGUGGAUGUUGAGGAAUUUCACAAGGUCCAUCAGAUAAUCCGUAACCAGACUAGCAUAGGCAUGCGUCACCGUGACCAUGCUGUAACUGGGAAUGUCAUGAAGGGUGUGAGCUCAGCUUUGGUCACCUACUUUUUUGGACCAGAGGGAAAAAAGAAGCUGACCGUACCAGUGUUUCUUGCCUUCCAACAACAGGUUCAAAAUGAAGUGCUCAGAAUCGAGUUUGACCGUUAUGAUCCUGAGGAUGGGAAGAUCCAGGAAAAAGAUUUUGGAAGAAUUCUUCUUACUUAUGCUGGAUAUCCAGAUAAGAAAAAGACACGCAUGCUGAAAAGAGUUAUCAAGAAGUUCAAAGAGGAACCACAG